AUGACCACUUUUAAUAGGGUUCCGACGACUUACACAACACGAUGGAAUACGCGUGUUCAUCCACACCAAGAAACUCCAAGUAGAACCUACCCACGCAAGUACAAUACUUCGUGUAAUAGAUGUCGCAAAUCGAGAGUCAAAUGUUCAGGCGGUGUUCCAUGCCACCGAUGCGCAACAUCUUCCGAGGCACCGCAGUGUGUUUAUAGUCUCUCCCAGCGGCGCGGAAAGAAGAAGGCUAUUGGUAAUGAGGCCAGAGAUUGGCAGAGCUAUUCGGGGAUAGAGCCAUAUGCUUCAGAUGCGGAUGUAGCUAAUCAGUCAACCUUUGACAUCGACCCGAAUUUACUCCAAGAAUCCAUACAGUUUAUCCAACCCUUCACUAACGAGGGGCAUGAAGAUGCUAUGAACGCGGACUCGCCAACAUUUACAGAUAUAAUGAACAUCAUCAACUCCCCACCUCCAACACAGUCUCCAACGAAGCAAAGACCAAAAUGCCGUAAUGCAUGCUACGCCGCUAUUCACGAGCUGAAUGGUAGGUUGGAUGCCAUCUCAAGAGAUCCUGGACAAACUAGUAUCGAUGAAACCCUAGCACUAUUCCAGCGGACAUUUCAUCAAUCCGCACAAUACCUGGCGUGCGAGAACUGCGACGCUGGAUGUCCUCGACACAUAAACCUCGCCAUGCUGCAUCAGCGACAAGUUACUCUUUUGUGCGAAAUCGCCAAGCAGCCGGUGCAUCAUCUUGGCAAUGACAUGACAAAAACCGUACUGGGGGGCUUUUUACCGUCAGAGCAGGACGAUCUUGAGAUAAAACAGUUGAUGUUGAGACACGCUACAAGAAAUGUCAAAAUGUCGGUUGAGGCGCUUCAUCAAGGUGCUCGAGGGUUCGAAGAGAGGUACAUUGCUGGGACUCUGGAGCUUGGAGAUGCGGGAAAGCUCAAUCUGAAGUGGUUGUUUGAUGUCUCGGCGAACCUUGAUAGAAGGCUUGAUUGUGUGAGGGUUCUGUUGGAACGGGAUGAUUGGGCUUCAGAGUUGAAAGAUCAAUGA